AUGCUUCCUGCACUGCGCAUCGCCUCGCGCCGUGUGCCUGCUGUGCGCCGGUCUGCGGCCUUCCAGGCUGCUCGUGCUGCCUCGACCUGGGCCAAUGUUCCCCAGGGUCCUCCUGAUGCCAUUCUAGGCAUCACCGAGGCUUUCAAAGCCGACUCCUUUGACAAGAAGAUUAACCUGGGUGUCGGUGCUUACCGUGACGACAAGGGCAAGCCCUACGUCCUCCCUUCCGUCCGUACUGCUGAGGAGAAGGUCAUUGCCAGCCGCCUGAACAAAGAGUACGCUGGUAUCACUGGUCUUCCCGACUUCACCAAGGCUGCUGCCGUUCUCGCCUACGGCAAGGACUCCUCUGCCCUCGACCGCCUGGUCAUCACCCAGUCCAUCUCUGGUACUGGUGCUCUCCGCAUUGGCGCCGCCUUCCUCGAGCGAUUUUACCCCGGCGCCAAGAAGAUCUACAUUCCCACUCCCUCAUGGGCCAACCACGGCGCCGUCUUCAAGGACGCUGGCCUUGAGGUCGAGAAGUACAGAUACUAUGACAAGAAGACCAUUGGCCUCGACUUCCAGGGCAUGCUUGCCGACAUCAAGGCUGCCCCCAAGGGCAGCAUCUUCCUGUUCCACGCUUGCGCUCACAACCCUACUGGUGUCGAUCCUACUGAGACUCAGUGGAAGGAGAUCAGCGACGCCGUCAAGGAGGCUGGCCACUAUGCCUUCUUCGAUAUGGCUUACCAGGGUUUUGCUUCUGGCAACACUGACAAGGACGCCUUUGCUGUCCGUCACUUUGUCAAGGAAGGCCACAACAUCUGCCUGGCCCAGUCUUUCGCCAAGAACAUGGGUCUCUACGGUGAGCGUGUUGGUGCCUUCUCCAUUGUCGCCGAGGAUGCCGAUGAGAAGAAGAGAAUCGACUCUCAGAUCAAGAUCUUGGUUCGCCCUCUGUACUCCAACCCUCCCGUCCACGGAGCCCGCAUUGCUUCUCAGAUCUUGAACGACCCCGCCCUCUACGAGCAGUGGCUCGUUGAGGUCAAGGAGAUGGCAGACCGUAUCAUCAGCAUGCGUGCUCUGCUCAAGGAGAACCUCGAGAAGCUCGGCAGCAAGCACGACUGGAGCCACAUCACCAGCCAGAUCGGCAUGUUUGCCUACACUGGUCUCGAGCCCGCCCAGAUGGAUGCCCUGGCCCAGGAGCACAGCGUGUACGCUACCAAGGAUGGACGUAUCAGUGUCGCCGGUAUCACCAGCGAGAACGUCGGUCGCCUUGCCGAGGCCAUCUACAAGGUCAAGGGCUAA